AUGACGCAUAAGAGUCGACCUAAGCAUCUAAGAGGUGCUAAGUUGGUUGGUAUCGAUUCGGCUAACUAUGCUCUUGCAUAUGCUAUGAUGGUUGGCAUUGAGGCAACGAUACGGGCAGGGGAGCAAUUGAAUCCUCAAUGGCCGUCUGUAGAGAGCAGUCGUCCGGUGGAAGGGUCGGACGCAAUGCCUAUCGAUAACGUGGCUGCUGCAGUUAGACCUAUCUGUUACCACCAAGUGGCUCCCGCUUAUCCCCUCCUCACAUAA